AUGUCAUUAUUAACACAUGUAAUUAAAGCUCUUGAAAAAAUAGCACCAUUAUCAUUAGCACAUACAAAAUGGGAUAAUGUAGGUCUACUAGUUGAACCACAAUAUCCACGUUCUUCAGCCACAAGUGUAUUUCUCACCAUAGAUUUAACACCCAUAGUUCUUGAGGAAGCCAUUCCGACUCCUAGUGUUGGAAUGAUAGUGGCUUAUCAUCCACCGAUAUUUCAUGCUUUUAAACAAUUAAAUUUGAAUGAUACAAAACAAAGCAUUAUUUUAAAAUGUAUUGCAGAAGGAAUUAGUGUUUAUAGUCCUCAUACUGCUAUUGAUUGUAGUGUUGGUGGAGGACAUGAGGAAGCAGGGGCAGGUAGACUUUUCACAUUAGAAGAACCAGUGUCAUUAUCAACUGUGGUUAAACGAAUUAAAAAUCAUCUGAAGUUAAAGCAUGGUAAAUAUAAAUCAAUAAUUGAUAAAUAUGACGAUAAAGAUAACAACAAUGAUUUAGGGAUAAGAGUUGCUACAGCUGAAAAGCAUAGACAUAAUGAUGGAUUAAUUUCAACAAUUGGAAUUUGCGCAGGAUCUGGUGUUUCAGUGCUAUCACCAGCAAAAGCAGAUUUAUAUUUUACAGGAGAAAUGUCACACCAUGAAGUAUUAGCAGCUUUGGCAAAAGAUACCAGUGAGCAUACAAAUACUGAGAGAGGAUAUCUUUCCAAAGUAUUAAAACCCAAACUAGAAAAGUUGUUAAAAGAAGAUGGUGAUAAUCAAAAAGUGGACAUAUUGGUAAGUCAAUCAGACAAAGAUCCUUUGGAAAUCAUUUAA